AAUUGACUCAAUGGUAGCAUGAUUGGCUCUUUAAGCACAUCAAAUUCCUGAAACCAGUCACAAGUUAUGUGUGUUAUUUAUGUUGCCAAGGUAUCCAUAGAGACUAUAUAUUCUUUUCAGGUCAUCUAGUUACCCAGCAUUGGAYACCAAACAGCAACUGAUUAUCUUGAACGGCUGCCAUAGACUUUCCCAUCUGUUCUGGCUCCCUGAGCCACAGUGAAACAAAACAAUGCAGGAGGGUAUGUUUCAGGUCAUUUGCCUCUUGUCGGUUGCCUUAGGGUUAGGCUCUGGGUUUCUGCUGAGGUUUACAGUUGGCCCAACUACUACUUUGAAAAUGUGGAUCCAAUUUCCAGGGAAUGUACUUCUCAAUGUGCUUAAGAUGUUUUCUGUCCCCCUCAUUGUGACAAGCGUGCUUGCAGGAGUAACUGGGUUAAACACCAAAAUGUCCAGAAAAACAGCCUUUUUCACAGGGACUUACAUCUGUGGCACUACUCUUUUGGCCAUAAUUCUUGGACUGUUUCUGGUGCUCACAGUCAAGCCUGGUGUGGGAGAACACCUAUCACAGGACAGGGAUAAGGACGUGCCAGCCUUUUCCGUUCAUGUGAUCCUCAUGGAUCUUUUAAGGAACAUGAUUCCAGAGAGCUUCGUUCAGGCUUUCUAUGAGCAGUACAAGACUGAGAUUAUUCAGAUUGAAAGAGUAGAAACUGGCCCUCCCCUUAAGCCAGGAAUAGUGCAGAAUGUCACUGAGACAAAACUGGUGGGCAGUUAUGUUGAUGGACCCAACAUGAUAGGACUGAUCAUCUGGUCUUUCACCUUUGGUAUCUUGAUAAACAGGGUGGGACAGGAGGCAACAAGCACUGUGAAGGCCAUUCAAAGCCUCAAUGAUGCAAUAAAAAUCAUAUUUAACUGGAUUCUGUGGUACUUGCCAAUCGGAGUUUUGUUCCUGAUCGUAGAAAACGUGUUGGAUGUUGAGGACUGGGGCGCUGUCAUUAAACUCGCAAAACUUUCAGCUGUAAUUUCUCUGGGGCUUGUAAUCCAGACCUUUUUUGUUCUUCCCAUGGUUUACUUCACGCUUGUCAGAAAGAAUCCCUAUGUCAUCCUAAAGGGUACCUCUAAGGCUUGGAUGACUGCAAUUAUCAUUGCUUCCAGCACUGCCAGUCUGCCUGUCAUCCUUCAAUGCUGUGAAGAGAACCUGAUGGUCAACGGGAAACUCUGCCGCCUCAUGUUGCCCAUUCUCACCAGCAUUAAUAUGAAUGGGAAUGCGGUCUACGAAGUGGUCGCUUCUGUCUUUAUUGCCCAGAUUAAUGACAUCAUAUUGGAUGCUGGCCAGAUAAUUGCUAUUUGCUUGACUAGUUCCAUUGUCACAUUUGGAGCUGCAGGGAUCCCAGCAACAGGAGCUGUGACCACCAUCCUGAUUCUGACAGCUGUGGGACUGCCUGCAAGGGAUGCUGCCAUGCUGGUCGUAGUGGAAUGGCUUCUAGACCAUUUCAGGACCGGGGUGAAUGUGCUGGGAGACUGCUAUGGUGUUGUUCUCAUCAAUUUCCUGUGCCACGAUGAGCUGGAAGACCUGGACAAACCACAAAGCAUUGAUAGGGUUCGUCCCACCAGUGAGCUCGAGUUGGACUUAACCUGUUUGGAGCCUGAACAGCAGGGCUCCUCUCGCUCCGCCGCCUCCUCGGGAUCCAUGUCACCUAAGUGAGGGGAUUGUCUCAGCACCAUAUUAGCUGCCGCAGUUCCUCAUCUUCUGUAAUUGGUUUUCUCCCACUUCUGAAUCCCCACUGUUUUAUUAUCAAUAACUGGUUUUGACCUUUUACUUUAUUUUGUUGUACAGAUAAUUUCAUUGUGUGUCUGUCGUAGUAAUAUGCUCAUCUUUCUGUUUGGAACCUCUGUAACUUUGCAUUUCACUUGAGUGUAUGACCAGUGCUCAAUAUACAAAGUUUGACUGAUAACAAUACUUUGUGAAUAUAAUCCUUUAUGUUGCAUGGACAUGUUCACUGCUUUCAGACUGAAAACAAUUGAAUUGAAUAUGCAUUUAUUUUUUAUGUAUGGAUGCAUGAACAUUGCAUAAAAUCAUUUCUUGAGAAGAAUUGAUUUUAAUAAAUUGCCAGUCAUUCUGCU